AUGCAACGAUCACACUCCCACCCUUUUCCAAUUCUUGAAUACGGCCCCAACACACCACCAUUGGUCGGCAUCCUUUUCAAUUGCAGAACAACCAAUCGCUGCGCCACAUAUGCCUUAAAGCAUCCUGGGUACUGGUGUAUCCGGGUGUGGAAAGCUGCUCCUUCACGGGAGUGUGGGCAGGCAGAUGCGUGA